GUCUAAAUUCCAGCCCUUUGUGCAGACUGGAUUCCAGGGAAGCGGCCAGGCUGUUCUCGCUCCACUCAGCACCGGGCUGACAGAAACUUCUGUCCCACUUUCUCCUCCCACCGGCACCGUUCCCGGGGUCCCCAAGGCGCCAGACUCCCAGAGAAGCGAGGAUGGAGCCGAUUCCGGACACGUCGCGUCCACCCCAGGUAGUGGUCAACGGCAUCCCUCUCAUCAAAUACUUCAGUGAGGCCUUGGGGGAACUGGAGGGCUUCCGGGUCCAGCCUGGUGACCUCCUCAUCUCCACCUACCCCAAAUCGGGCACCACGUGGCUGUGCGAAAUCCUCGACAUGAUCUACCAGAGCGGAGACCUCGAGAAGUGCCAACGGGCGCCCGUCUACACACGGGUGCCCUUUCUGGAGUUCAGAGCCCCGGGGGUUCCCUCAGGCCUGGAGACCCUGAAGGACACUCCUUCCCCACGCCUACUCAAGACACACCUGCCCUUGGCCCUGCUCCCCAAGGCCUUUCUGGAUCAGAAGGUCAAGGUCAUCUACGUGGCUCGAAACGCCAAGGACGUGGUCGUCUCUUACUACCACUUCUAUCAAAUGGCUAAAGUGCAUCCCGAUCCGGGCACCUGGGAGACCUUCCUGGAGACAUUCAAAGCCGGGCAAGUGUGCUACGGGUCCUGGUACCGGCAUGUCCAGGAGUGGUGGGAGCUGAGGAAGCAGCAACCGGUCCUCUAUCUCUUCUACGAAGACCUAAAGGAGGAUCCUAAGCGGGAGAUCAGGAAGAUCAUGGAGUUCGUAGAGCGGCCUCUGUCAGAGGAGAUAUUGGAUCGGAUCGUCCGGGAGACAUCCUUCAAGAACAUGAAGGAGAAUCCCAUGGCCAACUUCUCCUCUCUGCCUUCUUAUAUCAUGGAUCACGAGGUCUCCCCCUUUAUGAGGAAAGGCAUCGCCGGCGACUGGAAGAACCACUUCACGGUGGCCCAGAACGAACUGUUUGAUGCCGACUACGCGGAGAAGAUGGCGGGCUCGGAGCUGCACUUCCGCACUGAGCUGUGAGGAGCCACGGAAGAACACGGCGGCCCCCUCCGUCACCCGCCUCUCGAGGAGGAGGAGCGGGCCGCCGACCCAACCGCACUCAGAGCCGCAAGAAUAAAUGCCGGCGUGGGUCCGGAACCCCUCGCCGUCUUCGACCGGAA